AUGCUCAACUUGUCACCAGGGUACAGGAUUAAAGCCUUCUGCGAUAAGUUCACUGCUGCGCUCAAAGUCACUGAGACGGACGCUGAACAUGCCGAAGACGGGGAUGAAGGCAAAUACAUUGUGGACUUGCCUGAGAUCAUCCUUGGUUUCGGCGGGAAAAUGUUACUCAAUCAGACGCGGCUCUGCUUUCUCCAGGGUCAUAAAUACGCAUUAGUAGGGCACAACGGUGCGGGCAAGACAACACUUAUGACACGUCUCGCCAGAAACGAUAUCAUUGGCUUUCCGCAGAAUCUGCGAUGUGUCUAUGUCAAGCACGAAAUUCUCACAGAUCAGGAAACGCCCGUGGUGGACUUUCUGACUGAAGAAGAGAAGUUGCCCAAAGCUGAUUGUCAGAAGGCUCUGGAAACAGUUGGCUUCAGCCCUACCAUGCUACAAGCACCUGUGUCCUCUCUUUCAGGUGGGUGGCGCAUGAAGCUAGCUCUCGCUCGGUCGCUGCUGUAUCAGGCCGAUAUGCUGUUGCUGGACGAACCAACCAAUCACUUGGACCACCAGGCAGUGCAAUGGCUCGCAGACUAUCUCAACUCACUCAAGGAGACCACUGUGUUACUAGUGUCACACGACCACGAAUUCAUGCAGAAGGUGGUGUCGGAUGUCAUUCUCGUCAACCGCAAGAAACUGUACUACUUCCACUCAGACUUCGAGCAAUUCCAACGCACCCAGAAACAGCUCAGCGCCCCAGCUAAAUUCAAGGCCAGUACAAACACAAUUGGUCCUACAUCCGUUGUUGGUGCUAGUGCCAGGCGUGCUCCUGAUAUCAUUAACAACAACGGCGAAAAACCAAACAAGGACAAGGCAGCUGCUGCCAAGGAGGACGAGGAUGAAGACCCCGACUUCAGGCCUCAAUUCAAGUUCCCCAAUCCAGGACUACUGGAUGGAGUGCAAAGUCGCACUCGCGUGGUGAUGAAGAUGAAGAAGGUGCGAUAUACCUACCCCGGUGACAGCAAACCGACACUAAAUGAUGUGUCACUUAAGUUGACGCUGGGAUCAAAAAUAGCUAUCUUGGGAGAAAAUGGCGCAGGUAUAUUGUGGUGA